CGAACAAAGCAUGCGGGCCAUACUUUGCAGCAUAUCAUAUUGCCCUCCAACAGCGCGCCCGGCAUGAGAAGCAUUACCAGUUUCUUUAAGCGUCCGGAUUUUUCAAUAGCUCACCGAGACGCUCAGUCUAAUGAUCGAGGCAAUGACACCGCUCCAGCCGCUCAGUCGUCCCCGCUCGCUGAGGUGCCGUCAUCCCUCCAUUCAACUGGCCCCUCGUCGGACGAUCCGGCCUCUCAGCUAAAUCUAUCACUAUCACAGUCUGUUAAAGAUGAUGAGGGCAAAGCUGAUCUUCUCCAAAGCUUCCUAAGCACUGGAUCUACAAACAAAGAUCCGUCUCCAGGAACAAGCUUUAACUCCUCGCAGCGUGUUGUAAAGAAGGGCAAGGAGGUUAUCAUCAGCUCAGAUGGCGAGGAUACCGACUCGAUAAGCUCUUUUGAAUCUCCGGACGAUAUCUUUAUGAGCAUUGCUAAACCGACCGCCUCUGUCGGUAGCAGUGAACUAGCUAAACCAGGAAUGUCCUUAGGGGACCGCGACGCAAAAUCUGAUAAGCGCUCCGGCUUUCCAGUAUCGGCUCCCAAAUACAAGUAUACGCUAGAUUCGCUCGUUGUCCAGGCGGUUGAUGAUAAUGAAACCGAAGCUGGCAUCGCAAAGCUGAGAGCUGCCUUUGAGAAAGAGAAUCUGCGAAUGAACGAGAAGCAGAAUGCUACGGUACAUGGUUCAAGCUUACCGAGCACCCGACUCAAUGAGGGCGUUCUGGCUUCAGCUUUAGGUGCCCAAGAUGAUGAACUGGGCCUGCGACGUUUGCUCGAUGCUGUCCGGAGAACGGAGGCCCUUGACCUGGAGAAAUCUUGGCAGUUCUUCGUCUAUAAAAGCGAGUUGCCCCCCGCGCUCGAGUUUCCUGGUGAUUGCAUUAAGCCAGAGAGUUACAUGGCGGGACUACGAGAGAGACAUUCGAGGGAGCGCGCGUUUCAUUCGGGCAUUGUCGAUUUUGCUCUAUCACGGUCAUUCUUGCCGGAUGUCCUGAUUUCAUGGAUCUUUCAAGCUGUGCCUUCGGAGCCGCAGGACAGCAUCAGGCAAGCUUAUUGCAGAGCUUUCAAGCAUGCAAAUGCGGAGCGUAUCAAGACACUCAUCAGGCCGAACGACAUUAGUCGGCUUUUCGAACAGUUAGGGGCCAGUCCCAAAGCAUUAGCGGUUUCCGAGACUAUCUUCCCGGAUGCACACGUUACCACACAUGAUGUGAAAACUGACUCUCCCCGUGAAGGGGCAUUACUGUCUGUUUUUGACUUGCUUUGUGGGGCGGCAGAACUAUUUGCAGACGAUACUCGAGAACGCGCAUUGAACCUUUUAUUCCGACUGACACUCGAUGUAUCCUUAACCAGAAAUGCUCUGAUCUGCUCGGAGCUUGAGAGAACCAUAGUCACCAUGCUGGAGAGCGCCCCUGAGAACACGGCAGAUGAUUUGGUGCUGCGUGUUGGUACUUCAGCAUUCGACACCAUCAAAGACGCAACGUUGCAGAGUCGCCUCCUUAGACACAUACUUCCAGCUUCGGACUGGCUUGCAACAUUACGGUGUCGCCUCGCCAUAUCAUUCUUAAUGAGCAGUCCUUUGCCGCUCCGCGAGCCGCCGGAGAAAGUUCUCAACUUAGAGCGAAUAACCAGCAUCCUCAAUCAACCACGGUUCGAUGUGAAGCGAUACAAAAGCAAAGGACAGAACGACUACGAUUACGGAGAACUCGGAGCUAUCACCGUCCUUCUCAACAUUGCCAUUGAUGCUGGACGGUCCGAGGCGGAAUUCCCUGACAAAGACGCAGAGCGAGACUUCAACGCGGCAGUUGAUACCCUCGCUGAUCGGCUGAAAAUCAUUUUUACUUCCAUUGAGGAUUCAGGUGCCUCCCAUUUGAAACGGACACUGGCAAAGGAAGCUAUCGAGGCUCUACACUAUCGCGUUAUAUAUUCUGUCAGGUCAAAGCCGCGCCCCAAGAAGUCGAUCUUCGGGGUCCCUGAACCACGGAGAGAGAAUCAGAAGGUCUGGAAAUCAUUCACGGCCGUGAAGAAGGACGGUGAUGGGUUGCCUAUUCGGGCACAUGAGCAUGAGUUCUAAGACGUCGGCCAUUUCACGGGUUUUAAUUUACCGUUACUGAGAGUUGUGAGUCUCCGGAAAUGGUCAGAAAUAAUCAAGUAAUGAGAUCUACAUUAAUUUCGCCGGGACUGGUUUUAUAUGUCUUUCCUGCUGCAAGGUCGGAGUCAAUGGAUGGGUGGUAUUGGGCGUUGACUUGAACUGAAACAUGGUGUGUUUUUGCUUGGUUUAUCCUUGUUAUUGUUGUAUUCGUGAUACCUUGCUGGUGAGUGCGGAUGCUAUCCUUAUCAUCUUAUACACCGUUGUUGUAGCGAGCUAGUUGAUUGGCUUUGAUUUGCUGGAUUUCAUCUACCAUCUACGGCAUAUUGAAUCACGAAAUGACUUGUGUUAUAAUUAUUUUUGAAUGCCG